AUGGAUAGUAGUAGAAAAGACAGACCAGCUUGUGUUGGUGAGAGAGUUUUGGUGUCUUACUGCAGCUGUGCAGCUGGCAUGCUUGGCUGCUGCAAUCAUGUUGCUGGUGUUCUGUUUUGUGUCGAAGAUGCAGUGAAAAGAGGCAUCACCAAGAAGUCCAAAACCAGUGUCCUUGCUACAUGGAAUGUUCCUAGCACAAAGCCAGAGAUGAGGCCUUUCAAGGAACAGACAAAAAUGGUUAAAGAUGAGGGGUCUAUGAGGAAGGUUCUCUAUAUCAUUCUAAAAGAAGAUGCCAGUGAUUCGUGUUUUGGACAGUUGCAAGAACGAAAAAGACAUGUUACACCAAAGGUCAUACUGCCAAAAUCAGUUGUUGAUGUGACUUUGAGCGAGAUAGAAAAACAUGAUUAUUCCAUAGAAUCAGUGGUGAAAGCCUUAUCAAUGACACAAGAAGAGAGUGAUAACAUAAGCAAGCAAACUGUAGAGCAAGCAUCCUCCAAAGAAUGGCACAAUCAGCGUAAGGGAAGAAUUACUUCCAGUCUGUUUCAUCGGGUGGCCAGUCGUGCUAAAACUCUUCAAAAGGAUGAAGACGCAAAUGUGACUGCCCUGACUGACACACUUCUAGGAAAAAAAUCAUUCAAUCCAAGUCUUGCCAUGAAGCAUGGAACGUCAUUAGAACCAAUGGCUAAGAAGAAAUACACUCUCUCCAUGAAGAAACACAGGAAUUUCAAUGCUACUGAGAGUGGGUUGACUGUUUCCUUGAAACACCCAUAUUUGGCUGCCAGUCCUGACUUAGUUGUCCAAUGUGAUUGUUGUGGCAAAGGCCUAUGUGAAGUAAAGUGUCCAGAGACAGUGAAGAACCAAAUUCCAACAGUAGAUAAUAUUAAAUAUCUUCUUGAAGAUAAUGGCAAAUUAGUGCUCGAUUCAAAACACCACUACUAUUUCCAAAUAAAGGGACAAAUGGGCAUUCUUGGCCGAAGCUUCUGUGACCUAUUCAUUUAUACUUUACAUGGCAGUCUUUCUGUCAGAGUAUGUUUUAACAUGCAAUUUUGGUCUUCGCUAGAAAAGAGUCUUAGUUCAUUUUGGACUAAACACAUGUUCCAGGCUAUCUGUGGGAUGAACAGGAAUGAUUAG